AUCUCCAAAAAGCAUAAAGGGGCUCCUUUCCGCACCUCCCGCCGCCGAGUGUCGUCGCCGAGGUGGAGAGCUCAGCGUCAUGGAUGACGACAACGAUCCCACUCGCCACACGAUUUCUAUCGCUCCUACAGGCGCAUUGCUCUUGCUGGUUUUCUUCAUUCAAGUCAGUUGAGCUAUGUCGUCCUUUUUGGUGGGUGCCAAAAUAGAAGAAAAAAAAGAUCACCCUCAACCAGGAGCAGGCUUAGUGUCAUUGGAUUCGAAUUCCUCAUUGCAGAAAAGAGUAGCUGAACUUUGGGAUCAGAUUCAGGGAACAUACCUAAGGAAGCCCAUUUCUUAUUGGAUUUUAUUGUUUCUUAGCAGCAUUGCUAUGCUUGUGGCUUUUCCUACUUCAAGUCUUCUAUCUCGUAUGUAUUAUGCGAAUGGUGGCAAGAGCAAAUGGAUAAUUUCCUGGGCAGCAGUUGCUGGUUGGCCAAUGACUGCACUCUUCUUAGCCCCUAUUUAUUUUGUCCGUAAAGUAUCUCCGACUCCUUUUUCCUUCAAGCUCUUCCUUGCCUAUGUUCUACUUGGCUUCCUCAGUGCUGCUGAUAACCUGAUGUAUGCUUGGGCAUAUGCAUAUCUUCCAGCAUCUACUGCUUCCCUCCUCGCCGCCUCUUCGCUAGCAUUUUCAGCAUUGUUUGGAUACUUCAUUGUCAAGAACAAUCUGAACCUUUCUUCCCUCAAUGCUAUUGUCAUCAUCACUGUUGGCGCAGUCAUCAUUGGAUUGGAUUCUGGAUCAGACCGAUACCCUGGAGUCACCGAUAAACAAUAUAAUCUGGCAUUCAUCUUGGACAUCCUUGGCUCAGCUCUCCAUGGCCUAAUCUUUGCGCUCUCUGAGCUGGUUUUCAUCAGGUUGCUGGGGAGGAGAUCCUUCCAUGUCGUGCUGGAGCAGCAGGUGAUGGUCUCGCUGGCUGCAUUCAUUUUCACUUCGAUCGGGCUUAUUGUGAACAAGGACUUCCAAGGGAUGCGGUCGGAAGCGAGAGACUUCAAGAACGGUCAGGUUUCCUACACCUUAGUCCUCACUUGGGCUGCCAUCACAUUUCAGUUGGGAGUGUUGGGGGGUACAGCUAUUCUCUUCCUGGCUUCUACAGUUCUUGCCGGUGUUCUUAAUGCAGUGAGGGUUCCGAUCACAAGUAUAGCUGCAGUUAUCUUCUUCCAUGAUCCCAUGAGUGGCUUUAAGAUCUUGUCUCUGGUCCUUACUGUUUGGGGAUUUGCUUCGUAUAUUGUUGGCCACUCUUCCUCUAAAAAGAAGGCGUAGUUUUAUCUCAGAGUUACGGUGCUAGGCUCAUGCUUUCUAGUGAACAUAUUUCGGUAAAAACUGCAGCAAAAUAUGUUUAGCUUGCAUCGUUUAGGCAUUUAGAAAUCAAAGAAGAUGAAGAAUUACCUUGUUAUAGAUUGGAAUCACAAAGGAUCAUGUAAUGAUGGAAAACAUUAAGAAAAUUGCUAGUUUGGUUUCUGCGA